AUGACUAGUGUAAAUGAGUUGAUGAAGGUAGGUCAGGAGUUAGGGUAUACAGAUGAGGCUUUGAGAAACUUUGUUAAAGAGGAGCAAGCCAGGGAGCGUGAAGAAAGACAUAAAGCUGAGAAGGAUAGGUUAGAAUUAGAAGCUAGGUUAGCAAAAGAGAAGUUAGAUUAUGAAGUCCAGAUUUCUAAGGAGAAGUUAGAAAUAGAGAUAGGAAUGGAAAGAGAGAAGUUAAGUAAUGAGGCUAGUGUUGCAAAGGAGAAGUUAGAUUAUGCUCGUCAGUUAGAAAGAGAGAAGGAGGAAGCAGAAGCUAGGAAGUUAGAUACAGAAUAUAAGAUGAAGAUAGAGUUAGAUAUGUUAGCUAGAAUUUCUAGAUACUUAGAUGGUUGGCUAAGAUUGAGUAAGGUGGAGAAGACUUAUGAAAAGUUGUUAGACUUCAUAGUAAGGGAUCAAUUUUUAGAUAUCUGCAAUAGAGAACUAUAUCAGAACCUUAGUAGUAAGAAGUUGUUUUCAGCCCGUGAAGUAGCGGAAGAUGCAGAUUUGUUUGCCAAGACUAGAGGAGGUCCGAAGUAUGUAGUGAAUCAUGGAAUUAAAGAAAGAGCUAAGCCUUAUGCACUGCCGAGUAGACCUGUAGAUAGAAAUCAAGGUAGUAGUUAUCGUAUGCAAAGAGGUAACGAUAGGCUGGUAAAUAGAGGUAGAGCAUCUCAGCAGUAUGAAGGUUAUAAAUGCACAUAUUGUGGUCGUUUAGGGCAUACAGCAUUUUUCUGUAGAAAUAAGGCUACAAAUAAAGCUAACGCAGCGGAAGACAUAGAACCGAAUUCAAUGAAUCCAAGUAAGAAUGAUAAUAGUUAUCAGGGUAAUAGAAGGCGAGGAGGUUAUAGAGGUAGGAGUAGAGGUAGAGGAAGAAAUAGAGAUGCAGAUUCGAAAAUUUCGAUGCCGAGAUCAGAUAGUGGUAGUAGUUUGAUAGAACUUGGGGAUUUUGAAGACGUAGGUACAGUUACUAUAAAUUCAUGUCCGACAACUAGAGGUAUAUGUAAUGGUAAAGCUAUAGUUGCAAUGAGAGAUACUGGGUGUACAUGUGUCAUAGUACGAAGGAAUUUGGUAAAUGCAAAUCAAUUGUUAGGGAAGUCCAGACGAUGUAAGUACAUUGAUGGUAGUGAGCACAGAUUAGAAAUGGCGUUAAUUGAUCUUGAUUGUCCGUAUUACAGGGGUACUGUAGAAGCACUAUGUGUAGAUAAUCCUACAAAUGAUGUAAUUAUCGGUAACAUAGAGGGUGCUGUAGAACCAAAUUUGAUUUUAGACAUCACUAAUGUAGAGUUUGUAGAGAAGCAGCAGGCAGAUAGGUCAUUAGAUGGAUGUAGAAAGAAAGCAGAGGAAGGUACUGUUAGAAACUGUAGAGGUAAAGGGCAAGUGAAGUUUCAGGUCAGGAAUAAGAUGUUGUUUAGAGAGUUUACGGCAGGAAAUGGUGACGUAAGUAGGCAGUUAGUAGUUCCUAAGGAUCUUAGGGAGACUGUGUUAAAAGUAGCGCAUGACUCGCUUUUGGCAGGACAUCUUGGUAUUAGGAAGACAAGUGAUAGAGUCUUGGGGGAGUUUUAUUGGCCAGGUGUUCUUGUAGAGGUUAGACGAUAUUGUCAGUCUUGUGAUAUUUGUCAACGUACUAUUUCUAAAGGUAGAAUAAGUAAGGUAACUUUAGGUAAGAUGCCUUUGAUUGAUACUCCUUUUAAGAGAGUUGCCGUUGACAUUGUUGGUCCGAUCGAACCUAUGACUGAUAGGAAGAACCGAUAUAUUUUGACCAUGGUAGACUAUGCUACCAGAUAUCCUGAAGCAAUUGCAUUGCCUAGUAUAGAGACUGAAAGAGUAGCCGAAGCAUUAGUUGACAUGUAUAGUAGAUUAGGUGUUCCAGAGGAAAUGCUUACAGAUUGUGGAUCACAAUUUACUUCACAAAUUAUGAAUGAGGUUAGUAGGUUGCUGUCUCUUAGACAGUUAACAACUACACCGUAUCAUCCGAUGUGUAAUGGUUUAGUGGAGAAAUUUAAUGGUAGUUUAAAGCAGAUGUUGAAACGGAUGUGUAGUGAAAGACCUACAGAUUGGGAUAAGUAUUUGAAUGCUAUGUUGUUUGCGUAUCGGGAAGUUCCACAAGAGAGUUUAGGAUUCUCGCCAUUUGAAUUGUUAUAUGGACGUAGUAUAAGAGGUCCAAUUACCAUUUUGAGAGAGUUAUGGUCAGGAAAAACAGAGAAUGACGAAGUUAAGACAACUUAUCAGUAUGUAGUUGAUUUGCAAGAAAGACUAGAAAGUACAUGUAAGAUAGCACAGCAGGAGUUAGAGAAGAGCAGUAUUAGAUAUAGAAAGUAUUACAACAGGAAAGCUAGGGAUAGAACUUUUAAGAAGGGAAGUAAAGUACUGGUUCUUAUACCUACAAAACGCAAUAAGUUGUUGUUACAAUGGAAAGGUCCAUUUGUAGUUUCCGAGGUCGUGAACAAAUUAGAUUAUCGGAUAGACAUAGGUAACAAUAAGAUCAAAACUUUCCAUGCCAAUAUGCUAAAGGAGUAUGUUGAAAGAAAUUUCGAACCAGAACGAGGUGCAUUGGCAAAGGUAAGUGCAGCUGUUGUAGAAGCGGAAAAUGGGUAUGAUAGAUUAGAGGAAGAUGAUAGUUUAGAAACAAGUUACCAAGAUGAUAGUGACAUAUUGUUAUGUCCAUUGAAGAAAGGUUCAGAGACAUAUAAAGAUGUUCAGGUCAAUCCUGACUUACAAACAGAUUGUAAGACUCAAAUUGCAACCUUGUUAAAGAAAUUUUCAGAUGUUUUAACAGAUAUACCCGGAAAUACGUCAUUAGUUCAGCAUGACAUUAAGUUGACUACGUCAGAACCGGUAAGGACUAAGGGUUAUCCUAUUCCUUUUCACUCACAGCAGAUAGUAAAGGAAGAAGUUGAUAAAAUGCUAGAGUUGGGAGUUAUCGAACCUUCUAAUGCUCCGUUUUCUAGUCCAAUUGUCCUUAUCAGGAAAAAGGAUAACACGAUUAGGUUCUGUAUUGAUUUUAGACAGAUCAAUAAAUGCACUGUAUUUGAUGCGGAACCGAUGCCCAAUAUGGAACAGAUAUUUUCGAAAUUAUCAAAAUACAGGUAUUUUUCGAAAAUUGACCUUAGUAAAGGAUACUGGCAAGUUCCUUUGUCUGACAAUGCAAAACCUUUGACCGCAUUUGAAACCCCGUCGGGACUUUUUCAAUUCCGGAAAAUGCCCUUUGGUUUAGUCAAUGCCCCUGCAACAUUCUGUAGACUGAUGAGAAAGGUUUUGAAAGAUCUAGAUCACUCAGAUAGUUUUAUAGAUGAUAUUUUGAUCUAUACAGUCACAUUGCCAGAGCAUAUCAAUGCAUUGUAUGAGUUAUUUACCCAAUUAAGAGAGUCUAGGCUUACUGCUAGACCGUCAAAUGUUUCAUAUGUUUUUGAAAAAUUGGAAUGUUUAGGUCAUAUGAUAGGAGGUAGUAAGUCCAUUGAGCCUGUUCUCAGUAAGGUCAAGGCAAUUCAGGAGACCGAGAGACCCACGACUAAGCGAGGAGUCCGGCAAUUUUUAGGGGUUGUGUCUUGGUACCGGAAGUUCAUCCCUAACUUUGCCGCCAUUGCUGUUCCGUUGACCGAUUUGACAAAAAAGUUUCAACCAAAUCGUAUUGAAUGGGGUGAAAGUCAGGAAAAGGCUUUUCAGACUCUUAAGGCUAGUUUGACCGGUCCGCCCAUUUUGAAAUUACCAGAUUUAGACAAGAUGUUUAUUCUCAGAGUUGAUGCUUCUGAUUGUGGAUUAGGAUCUGUAUUACUUCAAGAAAAGGUGAGGAGAAAUUUCCAGUAG